GGCGGCGCCUCAGCCUCCCAUAGCGCCGCCGCCGCCAUCAUGAGCUGCAUUUGCGAGUCGCGCGCCCUGAGCACCAAGGCCGUGCAUAUGGAACGCCUGCUGGGCCUUUGGGACCCCGCCGCCGUAGCGGCGCGCCGCCUGGGUGGGGCGCUGCUGCGUGGGAAGGAGGGGAUCUCUGGGCAUGUGCAAAGUGCGCAGUGGCGCCCCAUGCUGGCUGGGCCGCUUGCCGUUCCCACUGGUGGAGCGUCGGGCUCCUUCGGGCUGCUGUGUCGUGGCUCGAGGCGGCAGGCAGCGCCCUCCUUGCCCGCGUUACCCUUAUGCAUGCAUGCGUGGAGGACCCGCGGGCCGGUCGGCGGACGGGCGGGCCGUAGUUCUUGCGUGACAGUUUGCCCAGCAGAUGCCCGUCCUUGCCUGCCGAGCGCCCAGCCCGCCGCAUUCGGCGUCUCCUGCAACCGGAGGACAAGGACUGCGGCGCCCUGCGGCUGUCGUGGCGGCGGUGUGAUUGUGGAAGGGCAGCUCCUGGACGUGUCUCGCCAUCUCAUCUUGGAUGAUGCUGACAGAAAGGAGCGUUACUUCGUGCUGUACGUCAAGCCAAGGUUUAUUCAUCGCCGCAGAUUUGACCCCAAGGGGAACGAGGUGGACCCCAACUUCAGCGGAACCCAGAAGGUGAACACUGGCUUCCUCAUGGCCUCCUACAUCUCCUUGGCCAAGCUAGAUGCGGGGACAGUGGCCAAGUGCAACUUUGCUGGGGACGGACAGGCCGGGGCAUCCUGGACAGACAGCAUCUUGGCUUUCAAGGACUGUGGGCAGCCAUCCAAUGAGCCCCGAGGUGCCGGUGCCGAAGAUGCUGAAUGGGAGGACUGAGCCAAGAGGUGCCGCCACCUUCCCUGAGAACGAAAAUGCACCUCUGCUGCUCCUGGGCCCUGCAGCGUGUGCUGGUAUGGGUCUCUCUGGAUUCCUCAGCUGGGCAGCCUCUUCUGGCUGCGGUUCCUGCAGCUUUCCCAGAUCUCUUUACACCAUUCCCCUUGGUUGUCUGAGGGUGGCGGAUUAGAGGGCUUUACUUUUAAAUGCUGUCUCGGGUUGGCUGUGGGCACUUGCCCCCGUCUCUGCCCAGCCCCUGGUGGAAGGCCCUCAGCCCUUCAGUGGCGCACUAUAGUUUCACUAUAGACCAAAGAAAAUGAUGGAGCGCCUGCAAUUCAGUGCCACGCAGUGGGAGGAUAGCGAGUAGCACAGGCGGUUCCUGUCUGUCAGAAGCGUGGAGGAGAAGCCUGCCAGCGGCUGUGGCCAUGGUUGUGAAAGGGAACCUCCGUGUCCAGAGGCAGUCUAUCUCUGAGUGCUUGAUGUUGUUGGGGGCAAGCACCAGGCGAUGGCUGUGUCAACUUAAUCUGCUUGAGUGGCCAGUAUUAGCCACUGCAGGAGGCACUGUGCCGGGCUGCUUGUGCCUUCUGUUUUGAUUGAGCACAGCAGCUCUUAAUCUUUUCGGGAACUGUUUCCUCCUCAGAGCAGCAAAGGAACCCGCUGUCAAGUGCCAAGUGGUGCAAGCAGCAGGCUGCAGUGUGGCUUUGUGGGGCGUUUAGUUGGUGCUCGGGUGACACCUUCCACUGUUCUCUCUCCCUCUCUUGUGGGCUCUCCUUGCCCCUGUGCUCAGCCCACACCUCAGUCUGAUCCUUCCAGCUCAGCUAGUUCUUGGAGAGAUUUAACUGUCGUCCCUUGCACCAAGAGAUGGAAACAUAACCCUGAGUGAUGGAGGCCCCUUCUUAAGUUCAUAAUUGCAUAAGGAUCUGCCUUCUGAGUCAGACCCACUGGUCCAUCUCGCUCAGUGUUGUCUGCACUGACUGGCAGCAGUGACUCUCCGGGGUUCCAGGCAGGGGUCUCUCCCAGCCCUGCCUGGAGAUGGUGUUGGGGGUUGAACCCGGGGCCUUCUGCAUGCAAGGCAGAUGCUCUGCCACUGGGCUACGGCCCUUCCCUUAUUUAUUAUUUAUAUUUAUUUAUUUAUUAAAUUUAUAUACCGCCCAACUAGCAAUAGCUCUCUGGGCGGUGAACAUAAAACAGCAUAAAAAUACAAUAAAUAACAAAACAAUACUAAAAUACAAGCAACAAUCCAACACAAUAAACAUUUUUAAAAUUAAAUCAGUGUAACUUAAAAUGCUUCAGAGAAUAGGAAGGUUUUGACCUGGCGCCGGAAGGAGAGCAGAGUCGGCGCCAGGCGUACUUCCUCAGGGAGACUGUUCCAUAGUUCAGGGGCCACCACUGAGAAGGCCCUAGAUCUUGUCAUCACCCUCCGGGCCUCCCUGUGAGUUGGAACCCGGAGGAGGGCCUUCGUAGCAGAACGUAGUGCACGGGCCGGUUCAUAUCGGAAGAGGCGUUCCGCAAGGUAUCGUGGUCCCGCACCGUAUAAGGCUUUAUAGGUUAAUACCAACACUUUGAAUCUAGCCCGGAAACAUAUUGGCAACCAGUGCAAGCUGGCCAGAACAGGUGUUAUAUGCUCGGACCGCUUGGUCCUUGUCAGCAAUCUGGCCACCGCAUUUUGCACUAGUUGUAGCUUCCGAACUGUCUUCAAAGGUAGCCCUACGUAAAGCGCAUUACAGUAAUCCAAACGUGAGGUUACCAGAGCAUGUACCACUGAUGUAAGGUCCUCUUUACUCAAAUAGGGAUGUAGCUGGGCUACCAACCGAAGUUGGUAAAACGCAUUCCUAACCACCGAGGCUACUUGAGCCUCAAGUGAGAGGGAAGAGUCUAAAAAGACUCCCAGACUACGAACCCAGUCCUUUAGGGGGAGUGUAACCCCGUCCAGGACAGGGUAUAUAUCCACCAUCCGAUCAGAGAACCCGUCCACCAACAGCAUCUCAGUCUUGUCUGGAUUGAGCUUCAGUUUGUUAACUCUCAUCCAGUCCAUUGUCGAGGCCAGGCAACGGUUCAGCAAAUCGACAGCCUCACCUGAAAAAGAUGAAAAGGAGAAGUAGAGCUGCGUGUCAUCAGCAUACUGAUGACAACGUACUCCAAAACUCCUGAUGACCUCUCCCAACGGCUUCAUGUAGAUAUUAAAAAGCAGGGGGGACAAAACUGACCCCUGCGGGACCCCAUAUUGGAGAGCCCGCGGUGUCGAGCAAUGUUCCCCAAGCACUACCUUCUGGAGACGACCCGCCAAGUAGGAGCGGAACCACUGCCAAGCAGUACCUCCAACUCCCAACUCCGCGAGCCUCUCCAGAAGGAUACCAUGGUCGAUGUUAUCAAAAGCCGCUGAGAGAUCAAGGAGAAUCAACAGAGUUACACUCCCUCUGUCUUUUUCCCGACAUAGGUCAUCGUACAGGGUGACCAAGGCUGUCUCAGUGCCAAAACCGGGCCUAAAACCCGAUUGAAAUGGAUCUAGAUAAUCAGUUUCAUCCAAUAGCGCCUGGAGCUGGCCAGCAACCACCCGUUCCAAGACCUUGCACAGGAAUGGAACAUUCGCCACUGGCCUGUAGCUGUUAAAAUUGUCUGGGUCCAAGGAAGGCUUUUUCAGGAGUGGUCUCACCACUGCCUCUUUCAGACAGCCCGGGACCACUCCCUCUCGUAAAGAGGCAUUUAUCACUUCCUUGGCCCAGCUACCUGUUCCAUUCCUACUAGUUUUUAUCAGCCAGGAGGGGCAAGGAUCCAGUACCGAAGUGGUUGCACGUACCUGUCCAAGCACCUUGUCCACGUCCUCGAGUUGAACCAACU